GCUAACAAACUUUCCAUGUCAUGUCCUUUUUUUUUAGUUCCCUGGUUCCCAAAUUACAUCCAGGACCUGGAUCGGUUUGCCAAUCAGAUCCUGAGCUAUGGCGCGGAGCUGGAUUCUGACCACCCUGGAUUUACGGAUCCUGUAUAUAGAGCCAGGAGGAAGGAAUUUGCUGACAUCGCCUACAACUAUAGGCACGGCCAGCCCAUUCCUAAAGUGGAGUACACGGAGGAGGAGAAGCAGACCUGGGGCACCGUCUUCAAGGAGCUGAAGACGCUGUACCCCACUCACGCCUGCCGGGAGCACAACCGCGUCUUCCCUCUCCUGGAGCAGUACUGCGGCUACCGAGAGGACAACAUUCCCCAGCUGGAGGACAUCUCCAGGUUCCUGCAGUCCUGCACAGGUUUCCGCCUGCGUCCCGUGGCCGGCCUCCUGUCCUCGCGGGAUUUCCUUGCGGGGCUGGCGUUCCGCGUCUUCCAUUCCACCCAAUACAUCCGCCACUCUUCUAGACCCAUGUACACCCCUGAGCCUGACAUCUGUCAUGAACUGCUGGGACACGUGCCUCUUUUUGCAGAUCCCAGCUUUGCCCAGUUUUCUCAGGAAAUCGGGUUGGCCUCUCUGGGAGCUCCAGACGAGUAUAUUCAAAAGCUUGCGACAGUGUACUGGUUCACAGUGGAGUUCGGGCUGUGCAAACAGGAAUCUGAGAUCAAGGCUUAUGGAGCUGGCUUGCUCUCAUCCUUUGGAGAGCUGCAGUACUCCUUAACAGAUAAGCCAAAACUGCUGCCAUUCGACCCUGAAAAGACCAGCCUGCAGGCUUACCCAAUCACUGAGUUUCAGCCUGUGUAUUUCGUCUCUGAGAGCUUUGAAGAUGCCAAAGAAAAAGUCAGGAAAUUUGCUGCUACCAUUCCCAGACCAUUCUCGGUGCGCUACAACCCCUACACACAAAGCAUCGAAGUGCUGGACAGCAUGCAGCAGCUCAAGAACUUGGCGGACAGCAUUGGAGGUGAAAUGGGAAUAUUGUGCAAUGCCCUUCAGAAGAUGGGAAUGGAGAAACACGAAAAUAAACUCUGAUGGAGACAUUUUUAUAUAAAAUAUCUGAUGCGGAUAUUUUACUUUGGUGUUACAC